GCACGCGAUUUUAAGUUGACGCUCCUUUGCUUGUCGUGCGAACGCGUUUGCCGAGCGACGCGGUGCGAGCGCGUCGAUUGCAACGGAACUUGGACCAACUUGAACGGCGCCUCGAGGUCGGUCCGAUUCUCUCGUCGCGAUAGGAAGUAGUGGAUCGCGAUCAAGCAUUUCCUCCGCGUUCCUCGGCGUUCGGUCCGACAUUCCUCGCGAAAUUCUCCGCGAGCGGAUUUCAACGGUGUUGUGUACACCUUCACCAGGUGUUGCCAGGUGUUACCAGGUGAACGUGCGCGAGCGUCCGCGUUUACCUUCCCUCCCGCGGGGAGGAUAGAUCUUGGGUGGCGGGGAAGAAUUCGUCGUCGUGUGAACUUUUUACUGUUGACACUGCUGAGAUACCGCGUGUGCGGUAGACCUUCCGCGAGACCUUCCGCGGCGAGUUCAAACGCGUCGCGUUGUCGAGUGAGAAGCGAGAGUGAAAACUGAACGCGAUUGACUACGUCUCGGCUGAGUCUGCGAUCGUCGGUUGAACGGCGGUUUUACAUUUGAUUUACAAUCGAAAGCGAGCGGAAACGACGGAGAGGACGAUCGAUCUCGAUCGAUGUGGGUCCCUUCCAUCGUUAAUUCCUGUGGAUUCCCUCACGGACGUCAGUUCUCGCGCGAAAGAGAGAAGAGCGUGGGAAGAAGCGAGAGAGGGAGAAGAAGGGCACGAGAUCGCGAGGAGCGAGCCCGUCUUUAAAGAGAAACCCGAAGAAGUCGGCUCGCACGAGCGAACGUUCGAACAAGAUACAUUCGCGGGGACGCGAUUUUCGUUAAACCUUUUGCAUCUCUGACGUUUCGUUUCUCCUUUUCUUCCACGGGGAAUACAAGUCGUUUCCCCGUUCGUCUUGGAUCUUGUGAAGUAAGAAGGGUGCGAAUCCAACUACCUUGUGAGUACAAUUCUUCUUAAAUUCCCUCGAUAAAAGGAGUGUCGAUCUCUCCUUGAAGGUUUGACACUUGAUCCUUGGAUCAUUGGAUUUUUACGAUACUGUGAACCUUCGCAGGUCAGAAAUUCACAUUGGAAAAAAGAGAAGAAAAGAAGAAGAAGAAGAAGAAGAAGGAAGGCUAAGUCCAAUCUUCGUAGUAAUUGAAGGUUUAUUCCAGCGGCUAAUAUCCAGCGAUAGUGAAGCUUAAGAACCUUGAGCGGACGUUUGUACGCCUCGCGCCUCCUUCGAACGUGACCGAGAAGAAACGGAGGGAGUGAAAGAACAUCGGCGAGCAUCGCGGAAUGCGAGUCGCGAGUGUGCGUGUGACGGGGACGCGGCGCGAAUCGUCGCGAUUGGCGUAGCCCGUACGCUUCCGGAGCCUCUUACGCGCAGCGGCUGCGAGCGAAGGAGGCAGGCUACGACGGUGGAGAAGAAGGCGACGGACGAAGACGAGGAGGGGGAGGGGGAGAAGGGGAGCUAGGGAGGUCAACGUCGCGCAACGGCGAGGCAAGAGGAUGGAGCAGCGGCCGGCGGCGACCUCCGCGAGGACGCGCGGCCUUCUCGCCGGUGUCUGCCUCGUCUGGAUCAUCGGCGGCAUCUGCGCCACCGAACCACUUCAGGAGCCGCGUUUUAUCAAUCAACCGUCCAGUAGUAGCAAUAUACUUAGCGAAAAUCGCACGAAAUUUCUGCAAUGCCAAGCGAGAGGCAAUCCUCAACCAAAGUACAAAUGGUUCAAAGACGGGAUGCCCCUCAACAAUGAAGUCACCUCGGGCGAGCCUUAUUAUCGUAUUCUCAGUACGCGGCGCGAGGAUGCUGGGGUGUAUCAUUGCGUCGCAACGAACGACGUGGGGUCCAUAUUCAGCGAUCGUCUCGUCUUCGCCGUAGCUUAUAUGGGUACAUUCGAUGAUCUCACGGAGAAAGUGGUGACCGUCGAGUCGGGUAGCGCCGCAAUUUUGAAACUACCCCCGAUUGAGAGCCAUCCUCCCCCUGCCGUAACGUGGCUCUCCUCGGACGGGACUCUUCUGUACGGUAUAAAGUACGCUACGACUGAUCACACAUUGAUCAUACUAAACGCUUCGGAAAACGACGAGGGCUCGUACAGAGCAAAGGCUAUUAACACUCAACUGGGUACGGAGGUGAGCAGUCCGUUUUUUAAACUGCAAAUCAUCGGCGAUCCAUAUGCGGAAGUAGCCCCUACCAUAAUUGUCAAGCCGCAGGACACGCAGAUAAUCAAAGAUCAAGAUGUCACGCACAUAUAUUGCAUCGCGAAUGCCAGAUCUCUCCAUGAAUUAAGGACCUUAUGGAUGAAGGAUGGCAUUCCGAUUGAGAAUUCUAGGAUAUCGUAUAGCUUUAAUGAUUCGUGGAACAGAACGCUCGCAUUGAUCUCAGCCAACAUAACUUAUACAGGAAUUUAUUCUUGCCACGUGGAUUUGCGGAGUGGUGGUUAUCCGACCAUAAAUGCGAGCGCUAAAAUCGUUGUAUAUGAAAAACCAACAUUUAUAACGGAAUUAAAAAGGGAAACUCUGAGCGAUUAUGGGUCCACAGUAACGUUACCGUGCGACGCUAACGGUGUGCCACCUCCUACAAUCACUUGGUUCCGUAAUGCCGAGCCUGUCGAUCAUUUACUGGGAACCAGAUACUUAAUGGAGGAAGAUGGCUCGUUGACAAUUAAAAAAUUAAGUAUGGAUGACUCGGGAAUGUUUCAGUGCCUCGCGUCCAACGAAGCCGGCGAAUCAUCUAGUUAUACCUGGUUAAAAGCGAAAAAAAAAGGAUUAGGAAGCAGAUUGAGAAACAGAGUUGCCCGCUGGGCGGCUGGCUACAAUGUAGUCAGAAUCCGCCAGUCUGAUCGCCGUUUUAUGUUCUCUCAAUAUCCAAACACAUCUGGACCGAUAAUGGAAAAUGGACCACAGAAUUUAACAGUAUUAGACGGCAAAGAUGCAACUCUAAGUUGUAAUGCGAUUGCGGCGCCUAAGCCAAAUGUCACCUGGUAUUAUAAUGAUACAAUGUCUGUGGAAAUUGCUGGAAGAGUACAAGUCUUGGAUAACGGGGAUCUUUUAAUCGCAGCGGUGAAACCAUAUGACGCAGGAAAAUAUACUUGUAUCCGCGCGAACGAAGCCGGUUCUAUCAAUGGAUCGGCAUACUUGACUGUUAUGGUUCGGACUCAAAUUAUCCAUCCACCUGUUGAUACGUCCGUGCUUCUCGGGCGUACCGCUGAAUUGCAGUGUAAAGUUUCGAACGAUCCCAGCAUCGUAUACGAUAUGGCAUGGUUUCACAAUGGACAAGUAAUAAAUACGCAAGCGAGUCAAAGAGUGAAAAUGCGGUCAGACGGCACUCUCGAGAUCGUUACCGUUCGAGCUUCCGACGUGGGCGAGUAUACAUGCUCCGUGGUGUCGCCGGGUGGCAACGAAACGCGAUCUGCUCGUCUGAGCGUGAUCGAAUUGCCGUUCCCACCGAUCAACGUCGUGGCCACGCGAGUCGAGAGGAUCUCGCCGCGCACGAUUAACGUCACGUGGGUGCCCGGCUUCGACGGCAAUAGUCCUACAAAAAAAUUUAUAGUCCAGAGACGAGAGGUGUCCGAUUUAGGACCAAUACACGACCCAAUAUUAAACUGGAUUACCGAACGUGAUAAUGUAUCCGCGACCAGUCGGUGGAUAUUGUUGAAUAAUUUGAAAGCCGCGGCGUCUUAUCAAUUUCGUGUUAGCGCCGAGAACAGCGUCGGUGAAGGUCCAUCGUCAGCAGCUAGCAACAUCGUUGUUCUACCUCAAGAACCGCCCAGUGGUCCGCCCAUUGGCUUCGUCGGCUCAGCACGUUCAUCAUCGGAAAUAAUAACGCAAUGGCAACCUCCACUAGAAGAAUACCGAAACGGCCAUAUCUUGGGAUAUAUAUUGAGAUAUACGCUUUUUGGAUAUAAUGAUAGCCCAUGGACGAUACAAAAUAUCACUAAUGAAGCGCAAAGAAAUUAUCUCAUUACAGAUUUAAUCACAUGGAAAGAUUAUGAAGUGCAAAUAGCGGCUUACAAUGAGAAGGGUGUGGGUAUAUAUUCAAAGGGCUUGCAAAUAAAAACCAGGGAAGGAGUCCCAGAAGCACCUCCUACAAACGUGAAAGCGGAAGCAAUUAAUUCAACAGCGGUAAAAGUUUGGUGGAAGCCACCGAAUCCUCAAAAGAUCAAUGGGAUUAAUCAGGGAUACAAAUUGCAAGCCUGGAUUGGCGACAAUUUUACAGAUGCGACUGAAUAUAAAUCAAUGACUGUGCCACCGAGUUUAUUCGAUCCGCUCGCCGAGCAAAACACUAUUAUGACAGGUUUAAAAAAAUAUACUUUGUAUAAUAUUACGGUGCUCUGCUUCACCGAUCCAGGUGAUGGUGAAAGGAGCUCGCCUGUCGAAAUUCGCACUUGUGAAGACGUACCUGAAGAAGUGGAGAAUCUACAAUUCGAAGAUAUCAGUGAUCGUGCGUUAACAGUUAAAUGGUGUCCCCCCAAAGAGACCAAUGGAAUAUUGACAUAUUAUCAACUGAAAUAUAUGAUUAAAGACAUUCCAGAUUCUUUGCGCGUCGAAAACUUUACAGCUGAUGUGUUAUCGAUUAAAGUAGAACAUCUUCAGGCACUGACUCACUACAAGUUUGAAGUGACUGCUUGGACAUCGGUUGGAUCUGGCAAAUCAAAAAUAGCGACCAUACAAUCAGGCGUCGAACCGGUACUACCAGAACCACCCACGAAGUUAGCGUUAUCCAACAUAGACGCGUUCUCCAUUGUGUUACAGUUCACACCAGGAUUUGAUGGAAAUUCAUCCAUCACGAAGUGGACAGUGCAGGCACAAACGGCGCGAAAUUCGACGUGGUACACUAUAUACGAAGUAUCCGAUCCCGAUGCCAGUACGAUUACUGUUGAUGGUUUGACUCCUUUCACGCAAUACAAGCUUCGUUUGAUCGCAAAUAACGUCGUCGGUGCCUCAGAGCCCUCUGAGCCGACCAAAGAGUUUCAGACGAUUCAGGCACCACCCUCGCAUCCUCCGAAAAACGUUACAGUUCGCGCGAUGAGUGCUACCGAAUUACGCGUUAGAUGGAUCCCAUUGCAGCAAAUAGAAUGGUAUGGAAAUCCGCGAGGAUACAAUGUUACUUAUACGGAAGUACGAUCGAACAUAUCGAAGAGUAGUAUUAUCGAGGAUCACACUGCAAAUUCGUACAUUUUGGAAAAUAUGGAGGAGUUUGCUGAUUACGAAAUAGUGAUGCAAGCAUUCAACGAUGUUGGCUCUUCAGCGGCGAGUCCAAAGGCUAUUGAACGAACUCGUGAAUCAGUUCCUUCUCUGGGACCGGUAAAUGUAGAAGCAAACGCAACUUCCUCUACGACUAUUCUGGUGCGAUGGGGUGACGUACCUGUGGAACAUCAAAAUGGACAGAUCGAAGGCUUUAAAGUAUACUACGGCGCGAAUUCCAGAUCAACUUUUCAGUACAAAAACAUUCCCAGCAAUACCACUUUCACAACCACUUUAACGGAACUUCGCAAGUUCGUCCAGUAUCAUGUGCAGGUUUUAGCCUAUACAAGACUUGGUGAUGGAGCGCUGAGCAUUCCACCCGUGAGAGUCCAGACCUUCGAAGACACUCCUGGUCCACCAUCUAAUGUAUCUUUCCCUGACGUGAGUUUAACCACAGCGCGCAUUAUUUGGGACACACCAGAGGAUCCUAACGGGGAGAUUCUUGCGUACAAAGUUAUGUUUAACUUAAACAACAGCCAAGAUUCUCAUUUUUCUAGAGAAUUUCCAGCGUCAGAUAGAACGUUCAGAGCCACCGAACUCAAGUCCGAAAAGUAUUAUAUGUUCUCUGUAACGGCACAAACGAAAUUGGGUUGGGGUAAAACAGCUUACGCGCUUGUAUUUACCACGAAUAAUAGGGAACGUCCUCAAGCACCAUCGGUACCGCAAGUGAGCAAGUCACAGAUUCAGAGUCGUCAAAUAACAUUUAGCUGGACACCAGGCAGAGACGGUUUUGCACCAUUAAGAUAUUACACAGUGCAACAGUCAGAAAAUUCUGGACCAUUCCAAAUUAUUCCCGAAAGAGUGGAACCCACUCUGACGUCUUACACGGCUAACAAUUUAAAGCCCUACACACACUAUCAGUUUCGCAUUCAGGCUACCAACGACAUAGGUCCAUCAGAGUGGAGCAGUGAGUCUGCUCAAGUACAAACUCUGCCUGCAGCGCCAUCAAAGGGCGUCAACGGUCUGAAAGUUGUUCCGAUAACAACAUCCAGUGUUGAGGUUCAUUGGAACAUGAUCGACGAGGUACAUUGGAGUGGCGAUUAUGAAACUGGUGGUUAUCGUGUUGUUUAUCAGCCAGUAUCGGAUUUCCCGACACCUCUUCAGGCGACGCCGAAAGAAGAGAUUCUAGGAAUUAAACAAACCAAAAUGGUCUUAAGCGACUUAACAGAAGAUCGAUAUUACGAGAUUGUAGUGCUACCAUUUAAUUCAGAAGGUGAGGGCCCACCGAGUCCACCAGUCACUGUGUACGUGGGAGAGGCAGUUCCUACGGGGGAACCCCAGCAUCUAAAAGCCGAGCCCAUUUCUUCUACCGAGGUCCAUUUGCAUUGGAAACCUCCUCAAGCUAAUAUGCAAAAUGGUGAUUUAUUAGGAUAUAAGAUUUUUUAUUUAGUGACUGAUUCUCCUCAAGAUUUAGAGAAAAAACAGGAAGAAGAGAUAGAAGUCGUUCCAGCGUCUUGUUUGGCGCACAACUUAGUCUUUCUUGACAAGUAUACAGAAUAUCGCAUACAAGUUUUAGCGUUUAAUCCGGCCGGAGAUGGCCCACGAUCUCCGCCAAUUACUGUGAGAACGAAACAGGAUAUACCAGGACCACCAUAUCAUUUACAAUUUAACGAAAUUACCAUGACCAGCUUACGCGUUUCUUGGAACCCCCCGAAGUUACGCAAUGGCGAGAUAGUUGGUUACAUCGUUACUUAUGAAACUGCAGAGCAAAAUGACCGUUUUAGUAAACAAGUUAAACAAAAAGUGACGGAGACGAGUCUUCUUAUUCAACCGCUGGAAGAGGAAGUGACAUAUACCUUCAUGGUUCGCGCGCAGACGAUCGACUUCGGACCGCCGAUAUCCGGCAAUGUUACAACUGGUCCGCAAGAAGGUUCGCCGAUGGAGCCCAGCAAUCUCGGUGUGACCAAGACAGUCUCCAGUGUGGAACUGCAAUGGACCAAUGGUGCUUCCGGCAAAGGUCCUAUACUCGGUUAUUACAUCGAAACUCGUCGUAAAGACGAUUCGCGCUGGCAGACAAUAGUUCGCACCAGCAAUGGACCACUGACGGAGUAUACCGUGUCUUAUCAAAAUUUACUGCCGUCCACGUCGUAUUUGUUCAGAGUAAUAUCAUACAAUCGUUACGGAAUCAGUUAUCCAGCAUAUUCUACCGAAACGAUUUUGACACCGUCGAAACUGUAUUUGGAAUACGCAUACCUACAACAUAGGCCGUUUUACAGACAGACCUGGUUCAUGGUUACUUUAGCCGCUAUAUCAAUUAUAAUUAUCAUUAUGGUUAUAGCAGUAUUAUGCGUGAAGAGUAAAAGCUACAAAUACAAACAAGAGGCACAAAAGACUCUGGAGGAAUCGAUGGCGAUGGACGCGGACGACAGACAAGAGUCGGACUUAGAAUUGUAUAGAUCACGCCAGGGUGGAGGCGGUGCCAUUAAUGCGGCAAGCGGCACUCUAGGUAAAAGAAAUACAUUGGCCCGGAAGGCAAUGCAUCCUCCGCCACCCACUAUGUUGGGCAAAUCGCCUCCCAGGCCUUCUCCAGCGUCGGUCGCCUAUCAUAGCGACGAAGAGAGCCUCAAGGGAUACGAUGAGAAUCCUGACGAUAGCAGUGUCACGGAGAAGCCCUCCGAAAUUAGUUCCACCGAUUCUCAGGGUUCUGAGAGCGAGAACGAGAGUGUGCAAUCCGAUCCACAUUCCUUCGUGAAUCACUAUGCAAAUGUCAAUGACUCGUUAAGACAAUCGUGGAAACGGCAGAAACCCGUCCGGAACUAUUCAUCAUACACGGACUCCGAGCCGGAAGGCAGCGCGGUCGUCAGUCUGAAUGGCGGUCAGAUCAUCAUGAAUAACAUGGCCAGAUCGAGAGCGCCGCUUCCCGGUUUUUCGUCGUUCGUGUAAUGAAAUGAAUUACCAAGCUACGUUAAAAUAGGAAUUUUUUAUAUUCCUACAUCAAAAUUAAUAUCGCAGCUACUUCGUUCUUAGCGAAAUCUUUUUUUAAUAAAUAUACAUAUAUAGAGCGAAAGACUUACGUUGGGAACACGUGUGUUUCGCAUGUAUUCCCGCAACGGCAUAGACUUAUAGCAAACUGUAGGAAGCUUCAGGCAUCUUCGUAUUGUGAUAUAUUGAUACAUAUAUUAUUUAUAAUUUUCGAUAAGACAUUUUGCAUUUAAUAGAUACUUUUGUACUUUCUCGGAUUAGUUUAAGAAUCAAACAGCUAGUGUACGAACCUUGUACGAAUAUCUUACAAAUUUCGUGCCUGUGUAGAGCAGAAAAGUGUAAGUCCAAAUAUCAUUCUUUUUUUCAACAGAUAUUUCGGUCUUAGACUCUUCUAUUUUUCAGGUACAAUUAUAGAUACAUGAUUACAUUUGAUCCUGAGGAUCUUGUACCCUUUAAAGAUAUUUAUAUCGUCGACGUAUUUAUAAACGAUAAUUGGGUCGUGAUAUUGCAGAAUUUUCAGAAAAAAUAUCAAUUCAGACUCAACAUAGCAAUCGUUGGCCUAUCAUAUCAUUUUAUUAAUCCAGUAAAGACUUUAUUAUAAAGAUCGCGAGUUGUGGGGCACUGUAUAAAUCCACUCUUAUGCUGGCGUAUUUGCACGUCAGAUAUGCUUGUAAAUAUGUUAUAUAUUUUCUGUAAGAAUGUAGAUUUUGUAUAAUGCUGCUAUACAUGUAUUCAGCGGACUAUAUCUAUCGCAUUCGCAUUUUGUGAUAAUACAGUAAAUGCUCCAUAGUCGUGGGACUUACAUUUUACUAAGCUGUCACGAAUACGGAAUCGCGAUUUUGAAAAGU